AUGGCGCAGGAGCUCGAUGGGAAGAUCGCGGAUGUGUACAAGCGGAUCCAGACGGAGCGCAAGAUGCUCGAGGCGUCGCGGAUGUUGCAGCGUGCGACGAACAACGCGGACGUGCUGAGGAAGAACGACGCCAAGAUUCGCGAGGCCGAAAAGUCGCUGCAAUAUUUCGAGGACACGCUGCGGGAGCUGCAGCAGCGCAAGGCGUCGCUGGGCAACGCUGGCUCGCCGCCGCCGACGCCGCCGGCGGACGCGGCCCGGCAGUCGCCCGAGUCGCCGCACGCGCCGCUCCCGCCCGCGCGGACAUACGGGAAGCUCGAUCUCGUUAAAGCCGACACGCCGCUCACGCCGGCCAAGAUCGCGCGGAUGCUGCACCAGCUCGAGUUCAAGCUCCAGGUCGAGAUGCAGUACAGGCGCGGGAUCGACAAGAUGGCCAAGCUCUACCAGGCCGACGGCGACAAGAAGUCACGCGCAGACGCAGAGUCCAAGCGCGUCGAGAGCGAGAAGAAGAUUCAGAUAUUGAACACGGCCCUCAAGCGGUACAAGAACUUGCAUGUCAUCGAGGCAGAGGCCGACGACGACGAUCAGGUAGAGGAUCCCGCGGACGGCGACGCCAAGUCGAACCUGCGCUCCAAGCCGCUGUCGGGCAAACUGCAAAUAACGAUCAAAGCCGCCCGCGAACUCGACCACGCGCCCGUGCUAUCCGGCAGACGCUCCGCCCGCGUCGUCCCCGACACCUUCGUCGCGCUCAAAGUAGAAGGCACCCAGCGCGCGCGCACGCACCCCAGUCGCACGGAUCGGUGGCAGGAAGACUUUGAGAUCGUCGUCGACAAGGCGAACGAAGUCGAAGUGGCCGUGUUCGACAAGGCGCCUAGCGAUGCACACCCGGUCCCCGUUGGAUAUCUGUGGAUCAAGAUUCCCGAUCUCGUCGAUGCUCUCCGUCGCCAGCGUGUUGGGCAGCAGGCGGCUGGCCAGGGCGGAUGGGCCACCGCCGGCGACAUGCACGACUCGCCCAGUCUAACCAACUUCGCUCAGGGUCACAGUGCAAGCCAGAGCGGGGACUAUGCCGUCGGCGGUAUGCUCCCUCCGGGUGGCGUCAGCGCGCUCGGCGGUGGGCCACAGGAGGGCGUCGAUGCCUGGUUCAGUGUCGAGCCCGUCGGUGCCCUUGCUUUGCAUCUCAACUUCAUCAAGGAGAACGUUCGCAAGCGUCCCCUCGACGCUCCCGGCGGUCUCGCCCGUGCACAGGCCGUCCGCAAACGGAAAGAAGAGGUGCACGAACAAAACGGCCACGCCUUCGUCGCCAAGCAGUUCUACCAGCUCGUCCUCUGCGCCUUCUGUUCCGAGUUCUUGCUCAACGCCACGGGUUACCAGUGCGAGGACUGUCGCUAUACCUGCCACAAGAAGUGCUACGACAAGGUCGUCACGAAGUGUAUAUCCAAGUCCGGCGCGGUGGGCGACGAAGACGACGAGGCGAAGAUCAACCAUCGCAUUCCGCACAGGUUCGAGCCUAUGACGAACAUCGGCACGAACUGGUGUUGCCAUUGCGGUUACAUGCUCCCCCUCGGCCGCAAGAACGCACGACGCUGUACGGAGUGCGACGUCACGUGCCACGCCACCUGCGCGCAUCUCGUACCGGACUUCUGCGGCAUGAGCAUGGAGACGGCCAACAUUCUCCUGCGCGACUGGCGCGACAUCAAAGCGCGUCAGGCUUCGCAGUCGCAGCGGCGGACGAUCCAGCCUCCCGCGCGUGGACCCUCGUUGCCACCUAUCGAGCAGGGCAUCUCGGACGAUAUGAACCGCAUGAGGAUCGAUCAGCCGCCUGUCCCGCCUCCGCACCAGCACCAGCACUCGCAGUACCAGGGCUUCGAGCAGCGCAGGCCGGUGCAGCAGCAGCCGCUACCUGGUGGCUUCCCCACUGUGCCGCCUGGUGCACGGCCGCCUGUGCAGCCGGGCUUCCCGGGCGCUCAGCCGUAUGAUCCCAGGGCUCAGGCUCCACCUACGCAUCCAAGUCAGCAGCAGGGCCAGCGCCCGCCGCCACCACCUGCGAAGGGACCUAGCAUCCCCUCCUCGCCCGCCGCAGGGUUCCCCUCGCCCUCGCCCUCCCAACAACAGCUUCCGCCUCCAUCUCAGGGUCAGGCUGCGAUGCCGCCACCGCCCACGCACCCCGCCGCGCCCGCGCUUCAGCAGCAGCAGCAGCAGAUCGCGGCUGCGCGGAAGAAGCCGGCGCGGAAGGUCGGGCUGGACGACUUCAACUUCCUCGCUGUGCUGGGCAAGGGUAAUUUCGGCAAGGUGAUGUUGGCGGAGGAGAAGAGCAGUGCGAAUUUGUAUGCGAUUAAGGUGCUUAAGAAGGAGUUUAUCAUUGAUAAUGAUGAGGUCGAGUCGACACGGAGCGAAAAACGCGUGUUCCUCGCCGCGGCGCGCGAACGACACCCCUUCCUCCUCGGCCUGCACUCCUGCUUCCAAACCGAGACCCGCGUCUACUUCGUCAUGGAGUACGUCUCCGGCGGCGACCUGAUGCUGCACAUCCAGCGCAAGCAGUUCUCGCUCCGCCAGGCCAAGUUCUACGCGAGCGAGGUGCUGCUGGCGCUGGAGUACUUCCACGCGCAGGGGAUCAUCUACCGCGAUUUGAAGCUGGACAAUAUUUUGCUGACGGUGGAGGGGCAUGUGAAGGUUGCGGAUUAUGGGCUGUGUAAGGAGGAGAUGUGGUUUGGGAAUACGACGAGUACGUUCUGUGGGACGCCGGAGUUUAUGGCGCCUGAGAUCUUGCUUGAGCAGCGCUACGGCCGCGCGGUCGACUGGUGGGCGUUCGGCGUGCUGAUGUACGAGAUGCUGCUGGGCCAGAGCCCGUUCAGGGGCGACGACGAGGACGAGAUAUUCGAUGCUAUUCUCGAGGACGAGCCGCUUUAUCCGAUUACGAUGCCGAGGGACGCUGUGAGCAUUCUGCAGAAGCUGCUCACGCGCGACCCGACGAGGCGUCUGGGCGCGGGCAAGAACGACGCGGAGGAUAUCAAGCGGCAUCCGUUCUUCAAGGAUGUGAACUUUGAUGAUGUGUUGAAUAAGAGGAUUCCGCCGCCUUACUUCCCGACUAUCAACGGGAGCGCGGACACGAGCAACUUCGACGAGGAGUUCACCAAGGAGCAGCCGACGCUUACGCCCGUCCAUCAUCAGCUUUCCGCGCGCGACCAGAGCGAGUUCAAUGGGUUCUCGUGGGUUGCAAGUUGGGCGGAUGUCGAGGCAUAG